CGCCUCCUCGGCGGGGCCGGGCGGGCGCAGCGGGGGGGUCGGAGCCUUUGUGUGGAGCCGAGCGGGGAUGGUGCCCGGAGCCGGCCGGAGCCCCUCGCCCUGCCAGCCGCUGGAUGCUAAGCGCCUGGUGAACGAAUGAAUAAGAAGCUGACCAGGAGGAGGGACUCUUGAGCAACUGCUAAGAUGGGCAUGAGGAUCAAGCUACACAGCACGGAUCACCCCAACAACCUGCUGAAGGAACUCAACAAGUGCAGGCUGUCGGAAACCAUGUGUGACGUCACCAUUGUGGUGGGGAGCCGCUCCUUUGCUGCACACAAAGCAGUGCUGGCCUGCGCGGCCGGCUACUUCCAGAACCUCUUCCUGAACACGGGGCUGGAUGCUGCCAGGACCUACGUGGUGGACUUCAUCACGCCGGCCAACUUUGAGAAGAUCCUGAGCUUCGUCUACACCUCUGAGCUCUUCACGGACCUCAUCAACGUGGGCGUCAUAUACGAGGUGGCAGAGAGGCUGGGCAUGGAGGAUCUGCUCAAGGCCUGUCAUUCCACCUUCCCCGACUUGGAGAGCUCAGCUAUUACCAAGCAGCCCUCUGGGUCGGGAGAAGGCCGUUCGGGCCCUUUGGGCAGCACGGCGACAGAACCAAACCCUUCCCUGGGCGAACUCCGAAGCAGUGGGGAGCACUUUGGCCCUGAGCGGAAUUGCAUCUUGCAUGGGGAAUUGGCAGGUGGCUACAAAGAGGAUGACAGGAAUCCCAUGAGUGAAUCCGGCCAUAACCUGCCUUUGAUGCAUCAACCACUUCCAAAGACAGAAGAGCAGGAACUGACGGAGCAGUUUGCUUCUCCCACCAACAUGGUGGCUCAACCCAGCCUGGGCAAUGUAAACAUGGCCGUUCAAACCACUGCAAGUACCUGCCAGCCCUAUAAGAUCCAGAGUAACGGGGACUUCAGCAAGACCAGCUUUUUUGCUGCUGAUACCUCGCUGGACAUCUCCACCGGGAGCAACUCCUGCCCCAGCAACAGUGACCAUUCCAAAGAUCAGGGCUUCGGGCAGAUGGAUGAGCUGCAGCUGGAGGACCUAGGGGCUGACGAGCUGCACUUUGAAGACGCUGGCGAAGAGCUGGGCCCGGUGGAGGAGGUCAUAGAGCUGAGCGACGACAGCGAGGAGGAGCUGGCCUUUGAGAACGACAGCCGGGAGAGCAAGGCCAUGCCCUGCCAGGUGUGCAAAAAGGUCCUGGAACCCAACAUCCAGCUGAUCCGCCAGCAUGCGAGGGACCACGUGGACCUGCUCACCGGCAACUGCAAGGUGUGUGAGACCCACUUCCAGGACCGGAAUUCCCGGGUCACCCAUGUCCUGUCCCACAUCGGGAUCUUCCUCUUCUCCUGCGACAUGUGCGAGACCAAGUUCUUCACCCAAUGGCAGCUCACCCUCCACCGGAGAGAGGGGGUGUUUGACAACAACGUUAUCGUCCACCCCAGCGACCCACUGCCCAGCAAGAUCAACCUGUUUGGCGGAGGGCCCGGCUCGGAGCUGGUAUGCACCGCCUGCGGGAAGCCACUGGCCAAAGAUUUCCAUACUGUCCGGGGCCACAUCCUGGACCACGUGAACUUGAAAGGCCAAACAUGUGGCGUGUGCGACCAGCGGCAGCUCAACCUCUGCAGCCUGAUGUGGCACACCCUGUCCCACCUGGGCAUCUCCGUCUUCUCCUGCUCCAUCUGUGCUAACAGCUUCGUGGACCGGCAUCUGCUGGAGAAGCACAUGGCCGUCCAUCAAAGCAUGGAAGAGACUCUCUUCCGAUGCCAUUUCUGUGGCCAGAGCUUCAAGCUGGAAGCGGCUUACCGCUACCAUGUCAGCCAGCACAAGUGUGGCGGCAGCCUGGACGUCGUCCGGCCCAGCUUCGGAGACCGGCUCCAGCAGCAAGCCCUCCAGAAGAGGAAGGUGCCCGAGGAAUUCCUGAGCGAGGACCUGGCUCUGCAGAACCAGCCAGGAAACAGUAAGUACAGUUGCAAGGUCUGUGGGAAGAGGUUUGCCCACACGAGCGAGUUCAACUACCACCGGAGGAUUCACACGGGAGAAAAGCCGUACCAGUGCAAAGUGUGUCACAAAUUCUUCCGCGGCCGCUCCACCAUCAAGUGCCACCUGAAGACGCACUCGGGGGCCCUCAUGUACCGAUGCACUGUGUGUGGACACUACAGCUCCACCUUAAACCUCAUGAGCAAGCACAUCGGCGUCCACAAAGGCAGCCUGCCGCCCGAUUUCACCAUCGAACAGACGUUCAUGUACAUAAUCCAUUCCAAAGACGCAGAGAAAAACACAGACAGCUGAUUGGGCGGCGCUGGUGGGGUGGGGGAGCAAACGCUAACUACAAAGUGGUGACUUCCCCCCCCGCACUUACACACAGUUUUAACAGUCGGACGUUGUGGAUGGAAUUCUCCUUUUUUUUGGCCUUGCCUCGGGAUUUUUCUGUCAGCAUCCUUCCAGUUAACAGCACGUGAGCUAAACCAAGAAGCCCGUUCUUUUUACUUACCUCCAGUCCCGUUAGAGGCCGCUGAGUUCCGUGGGUUGGCGUUUCUUCCCAGGUUUUGGAUCGAAUAAAUAGACAACUAUCUCCGUCGAGCAGGUUAACCCUAGCCUGGCCUCCCACGGGUUUGAGAUCACACCUAGAUUUAUGCUGCUAUUAUCCUGACAGCCAGCCUCAGUAGAGCCGGGACGGGAAGGUGUUGGACACGAAAACACUAGUUGGUUUUCUUCUAGGCUUUGCUGCUACUGGGAGGAACAAAGCAGAGUGUGGCCUUGCGGCCCGGGGGAGCGCUCCAGGAGUUCGACUCGAUGUCGAUUGUUUUCUCCCCCUUCCCCCCACCCCCCUCCUCCCUUACCUCUUCUGAAGUUUAAAACUCACAUUUGAGAGGCAGGGAAAUGUAGGCGUAACAGAGCAGCCCUAGCUCAGGGGCAGAGCUUCUUGGAGAAAAGAGGAGAGGUCUCUCUCCAUAAACUAGGCUAGAUUGUCAGGAGGGAACACGUUACCCUCUCUGAAGAGUCACUGAGCCAGGGGAAGCACGUAGCAAAUGCUGGCAGAAGGGCUGGUUUCCCCCUUGUUCUCCCCCUUUCCCCACCCCCAUACCGAAGAGAAAUGUUUUUAGCAGAGAUCAUCCCCUCCAAGUCUCUGUGAUUCUGCGGCCUGCAGUAGCACGUUAAUGCUGCUGGGGCACGACCUAUAGUUCACCCCGCCCUCCCUAAGUCGGUAGCGCAGCAGUCUAGGGGUUGGGGUGUGGAGCGCAUCGGGCAUCCCUGUGCCCGUGCAAAGCCCUCUAGGAUGAGGGUGAAAAGAAACCAUUGCCUUAACUCCUGGGAAGGUGUCUUUGCAGGAGGAGCGUUCUCCCCGCUACAGGGUUAGCCCCCCACCCCACGGUAAUGGAACGGCCACCGGGUCUGUGACGUGGUUUCUAUCGAAGGACGUCGUCGGUGCCGACGUAAGUUUGCCCCUUCUGCUUUCACCGGGUAACGCUGUAGCUUUUCUCACGCGCCCGCUGGUGGAGGUCGGGGUGGUUUUUCCAGCGUGACUGCCCUGGGGCGGGGAGGGGAAAGGCUUGAAUAUGACACAUGUAGCAGCCUGGGUUAGAGCUGUCCCUAGGUGACUUGUACUACCUCAUAACCUGGAAGCGCUCGGGGCUUGAAGCCACGGGAACCUGUGGACAGGCUCCCGAAUUUCCAUACACUCUGAACACUCUGCCAGCCUCUCCCCCAGCCUCCCAGGGAGUUUCUCUCUGCCAUGUUGCCUCUGAGAGGGACUGACUCACACGAGCUGCGCUCGAAGCAACGGGCUAAAAAAGCCACGCUGGCCGGGGCUCAGGCGAGCCCCGGAUCUGAGCUUGGGUGACUCGCUAGAACUGACGCUGGUGCUGCAACAUCCAGGCUACUAUUUUUAGCGCACCUGCUCGAGCAAAACUAGCAGGAGUCUGUCUGCCCGGGCAGGGAGGCUCGGUACCGCUGCAGUGUAGACACCCUCAGAGGAGCAGCGUUGGUCUGGCCUGGGGGCUAGGCGUCCCUCUGUUCGAACCCCACUGCUAACACUAACUUCACUGUGGCCUUGGGCAAGUCGCUUCGCCUCUCUGCCUCAGUUUCCCCAUCUGUAAAAUGGGGGUGGUAAUACUUGUGGUACCUACCUACCUCCCUGGAGCGUGGAGACGAUUAACCAGUUACUGUCUGUAAAGCGUGUUGAAGAUGAAGAGCACUUAUGAGUAUUAUUAUGUAGCAUCCUAGGGAAAUGACCCCUCACGUUCCUUUAAAAAAAAUCCCUCUCUACCCCUGCCCCUGGGUGCAAUAACAGCCCUGCAGCAUCAUCCUUCUCCAUACUCUGCUCUCUGUUUCUGGGCCCUGUGAAACGAACACUCGUGAUAAAGGGUAGGAUGAGGACUGGAAGAGGAAUGAGCAAUAAGCAGAGACUGCUUGCUUAGCCUAGCGCGCCAGGAGUAGGUUUGCAGGAGGGGCAUGAUGUCUGAGGGUGCACAAGGAAGGCAGGAGCUUGCGGUCUGAGGGGGCGAGGGCGUUAAGAGUUAAUUGUGCCGGGAGCCCUGGGGAACGGAGCGAGUCUCUUGCUCAUCUCCUGUUGAUUAGAGUCAGGAGCGGUACCGAUUCCGCCAGUCGGACUUCACGCUCUAGGGUUGGGGUGGGAUUUGCAGAAGGGCAGCAUCCCCGGCCACAUUUGGAAGCUCCUGCUUUUUAGCACGGUCAUCAGAAUCCCUUCCCAUCUGCAGCUGAUGGUGGUUGUUUCAGUGUAAAGGUUUAAUGCCCCCAUUGGCUCGUCCUCAAGCUGCGAUAAGGGCAUGUGAGUGCAGGCGAUGGAGACAGAGCCCUGAAGGCAUCUGGCUGCAUUCCUCCAGGCAGUGCCAGAGCUCACAUGGGGAACCAACCACAGCUCCUGAGCAGAAGGAACCCUGCUGACCUCUGUCCUGACGUGCGCUUUCAAACACUGGUGCCCCAGUCAAACCACGUGGCACUGAGAAAAAGCCUAUGGUGGCGAGACCAUCAUCUGAGAUCUGCCCUCCGCAGUCUGUGUAAUGUUAACCAGUUUAAGGGAUGCCAUAUGCAGAUAUCCCUGGGUGGCUCCAAGCUUGACCCAGCCCCUGGAUAUGGCCCUCCGUGGAAGGUGUUUAAAAGAGGAAGUGGAUGUUGAAAUGACAGAAUUCUAGUUCUUGAUUAAAUCUGCCCCGAACUUUGCUAGCCCUGGCUGACUUCUGACUUCAUGUCGAACUGAACAGGUGAACCCGUGAUUGUCAUAGAGGGGGUGUCCUACACCUUUCCCUGCCCCACCUGGUGCUGAUUAAAUGGACGGCAGGUCUGAGCCAGUAGGGGAGUUCCUAUGAAGGGUUUUCAAAGAGGCAAGAAGUUCUUGGGUGCCCGUAGCCAUCCGGAGGUCAUUCUGCCAUGUCCCAGAAGCCGUGUGGAACACUGCGGGGCCCUGCCCCACGGUUACAGGUCUGCACACCCGAAUCGAAGCAGUGAAGCAAAAGCCUUUGCGGCAAAAAAGCAAACAAACGCUUGGACGCUGAAACACUAACAGGCAAGCGACACCCUGCCCAAGGUCAGGGGAAGGGAAGGCUGACGCCUGCCCCCUUUUUUGUGACUUUGGUCUGUGGCUACGUCUACAGUAUGAGCUAGGGGUGUGAGUCCCCUUUUGUGUCCACAAACUCAUUGAGGUAGCAGUGAAGCCAGGGUGGCCCAGGGACCGUCUGAAACCGCUGGGUAUUUACUUGGCAUGGCUAAGGGAGGCCCCUGCUGCCGCUCCCCGGGCUUUGACUGCUCCGCAGCUCAGCGUAGCUGUCGCCAGUGGGUCGAGGAAGGGGGAGCUGUUGGCUCAGCCAGGGAGUGGCCAGAACUCAGAUCCCUGCCCACUUCUGCCUUUGGCUUUUCCCUGGGUUAUAAUGACCCAUUUAGUUCUCCCUCAAAACACUCAAGAGAUUGGCAGCCAUUUGGCUGUGUGCUUGCUCGUGGGCAAGUGAAAAAAAUUCCAAUUUGCAAAACUCUGUCACAAGUUCAAUCCCUUAGUUUCUCCGAAUUGGGAUGAGGCCAAAACCUGGGCUCUCCCUCCCAGCCUGGGGAUCCAAUGCCAGGAUCCAGCCGUCACCCUCCGGAGCGCCCUCCCUCGAUAUGUCACACCCAAACUCCACGGGAGUCAAGUAGAGUCUUUCUGCUAACUUUGGUGGGCUUUAGAUCAAGGCCCUAACCCCAGACGCGAUGACCAAUCUGCAACGGGUCCCGGUGUCUUCCCUUGCUUGGGCCACCUUCUUUACCAUUCAGUUUUCUGCCUCCCCUUUGUCAUAUGGCUACCACUGGGUCCUGCCAGCCAGGCUAGGAGAUCAAGUAGUCUUCACGAGCAAUGUCCAUGCCGAUUUGUGGAGGGCAGGAUUGGGUGGAGUCCAGAGACAGAAGGAGUCUCUCUCAUGCUUUCACCAUGAAACCAGAGCAGGCUGCUCUGCUCCCUGAGGCUAGAGUCCAAAAUCCGUCUCCCAUUCCAUGUAUGUCCUGCUGAUGCCCCCGGCUCACAGAGCAGGUUUUUUGGUUUACUGCCUAACAAUUAUUCAUGCCCUGGCCCCGCUUCAGAAGCCAAAUGCUACUUCUAGUGGGAAAAGGUAACAGUAUUGUCUGGUAGACCAUACAGGGGGCUGGGAGAGAGACCCCCUGGGUUCUGUUCCCAGCUUUUCCACUGGCUCAGUGUGUGUUCUUGCAACAAUUACCCCCCAGUCUGUAAACAUGGGGGACACUAAGAAAUACCUACCUCACAUGGGGGUGGGUGUGAGGUUUAAUUCUUGUUUGUAAAGUGCUUUGGGAUCCUUGGGGAUGAAACAGUGGCUUCUAACAGGACAACACGUUAUCAACGAUCCAAGCGGCAUUGUAGGGUUCUGUUUAAUCCCAGGUGCCUGCCACGCUAAUGGGGCUUGAAGCAAGCUGCCCCGUCUCUAACCAAAAGGCAGCAGUGUCCCAAUGGAGAACGUAACCUUAUGAGACUGGUCUCUUUAUUUCUGAAACACAAAUGGGGUUUGCUUUCAUUCCUCCCCUCUCCCGAAGGAUCCAGAUCUCUUAAAAAAAAAAAAAAAAAAGCAGAAAAAAGAGUUGUAAUUACUGUCUAACCUUUCCAUUAAAUUAAUAGUAGGUACUGACCUGAUAUUUAAGUGGUUACUAUCUAUUUGCUGUAAAGUUUUGUAUAUUUUGUAAACUCCCCCACGCCCCCAAAACAGUAGAUGUCUAAAAUCAUUGUACAUCGGAUUCUUUUAUACUCCAUCAUCCAGCACAAAGUGUGGUUUUUAUUUAGAAUAAUAAAAUGGAAAACAGCCA